AGCUCGAAACCGCCGCCGCGUUUCGAGCUGGACGUUGGGCCAUGGCGCUGGCGCCUCUGCUGGGCCUGCUGGAAGGGGUCUGCGAGGUCACCGCGCAGGUGGCGGAUCGGGAGGUCUCACAGCAAGCCCAGUCGGCGCCUGGCUAUGAGCGGUGGAUUGACCAGGCUUUGGGGGAUUCGGCUGGGCCGCUGUGGCUGCCAUGCAUCCGGGAGCAGUCCCUAAGGUCGUGCUCUGUGUCGGCGAAUAUCUCCGGGAUCAUGCAGCAGUUUCUCGCUUUGUGCCAGGAGCAACAGCCGCGUCCAGAGGAGCUGCGCAGCCCAGCACUCCGUCGAGAAGCUGCGGAAGAACCAGAGCCGGCAAAACCGGCACCGGCGGAUGAAGUGCUGUCAGCAACGCAGGCACCUUCUUCAACCCGGUUGGCCUCAAUGGAGGAAAGUCGGGACAGCAAGACGGACAGCCGUUCCAGCAGUGCAGGUCCAGCGUCGCUGCCUUUGCCACAGGCAUCCCCAGUCACGCGCUGUGGGCAGGAGCAGCGCCAAAGCGAGCUGACAAGCCCAGGUGCUGCUGCCGGUUCAGCUGCGCAGGCGCCUUCGGGCAAGCGAGUGCGGGAGGGCGCUGAGGACUUUGCCAGUCCCAUCUCGGAGCGAAUUGCCCAGGCGCCCUCGCCCAUCCGGGCCUUGCGCUUGGGACCCCGGCCGCCCUUUUCGCCAGGAGCCCACUAUAGAGAGGAGGCGAGUAGAGGCGCUGACGCACCCGAAGCUUCUCCCAGCGAGGAGCCAGCUCUAGAGAGUGCCAGUGCAGCUGACAGGCCCUUCAGAUCCGGCCUGGCGGCGGCGGUCUUUGCGCAGGAUUCCACCAUCGAGCCCACAGAAGAAAUUCAUUUGCCGCGGCCAGUGGCUGCUCAGUCCGAGGCGCUCUUCGCGGCCCCCCCGGACUCACCAGAGAAAAAGCAGCGGCCCAGGACGCGGCCCAGCCCAGAGCCAGAUCUCCGGCAGGCCCCGCCGCACGCGAGCCCGGAGCGCAAGGAGUUGACGCCCAUCAAGGUGGCAGACCGCAUCAUGAUGUUCGAGAAAAUCAUCUCGCCGAGCGUGCGGUGCUUCACGGGCAGCGCGAUGUCGUCUUCAUCUCGCAUGGGAAAAGCGCCCAGCAUGAGAGGCAGCGCCUGCACUGACCGAAGCUCGGGUCGCCCAGUGGACGGCAGCUCACUCUUCACGCCGGUGCAAGCCUGGGCCCGGCCUGACGUGAAGCCUAAGGAGCUUUUCCGAAGCAACUCAGACCUAGCCCUCAGCCGAAGCAACUCGGACUUCGCGAAGCCGAGAUGCAAGGGCGAGAAGGGCCGGGGCAAGGGCGAGCUGCCGCCGCCCAAGCCGCGGCCAGGCAAAAACCUUCCCCGUGCCAAGCCGACAGGUCCGGCAAGUGCGUGUCCGGGCCCCGCGGCGACGAAUCCCGCGCAGGCCGUCGCACGCUCUAUUCUCCGAGAGCGGGAGCAGCAGGAGAACAUCAGACCAGAGGCCUCCGAAAGAUUGGCAUCGAAUGUGAAGCGCGAGACCGCGGUCAAAGCCCUGCCGCCGCGCGCAGAACAUGGCAGUGCCCCUGCACAUGACCCACAGGAGCGACAGGAGCGACAGGAGCGACAGGCGGAGCCCAAGAAGGCGGCGGCGCCGACGCCCAAUGUGCCCGUCUUCAGAGACCCGGCGCUGGACUUCCGCAGCAUGGAGCUGCCACUGAAGAAUCCAGAGGACAGCUACGACAUCUCGGAGUACGGCGACUCAGAAGGUGAGGAUGCAUCGGAAAGAGACCGGAUGCGUCAGAAGAAGACGGUACCAAAGUGGUGUGAAACCUACUUGGUGGAUAUGCAGAAGCAGGGGGACAUAGAUCCGGACACCAUCUUCGGCAAAGUGCCCAGAUGUGUCAUGGACGAUGUCUUCCCGGAGUCGCUGUACCAGCAGGUGGGCAAGAAGCGCCCCGGCCGUCGCCGGGGCUCCUCGGCCGACUGGCGCCGUGACCGGCUCACGCGCAGCGAGAUUCGGAGCUACAAGCACCGGAUGGGCCAACAGCGAAGCUGGGAAACGCUUGGGACGGCCGCAAGAGCGCCCGCCCUUUGCGAAGUUUAAUUCGAAGCUGCGUGCAAUGAAACGGUCCCAGGGUCUCACUGCCGGGUGCCUGCAUG